CACUCGCAUGUCCACGAGGUUGCUCGCACGGGCCUGGCGCCUUCCUCUUGUAAUCACCCCUCUCUUGCACCUGGCUCACCACGUUUAGUGCAUUACCAGAGACCCGUACCCGGGUGACCGAGCUACUAGUUGAGGUACUCGUCGGGUAUUAUCAUUCGUCGAGAGGUUAGGUCAGAGUGGCCUAUCGUGGCGGGAUUAUAUGACUCGUUUGAAUUUGAAUUCACCCGCGUCACAUCGUUUCGUCAAUCGAAUUGUUAUCCGUUUGUUGUUUUUUAAUAUACUAUAUCGUGAUUAACAAGUUUCGAACUACACGUUACGACAGUUGUCAAACGAGUUUACAAUUUAUCGAAGCUAUACAAGAACGUCGAACCGCGUGACAACCGCGCGUUGAGGUUAGGUUGUUCACUGCCUAACGCGCCUUUUUCGAAUAGAUUGCUCGGGACUUUAUUCCGGUUUAAUCGAUUUAUACGGAUAUUAGUGUGAAGAAACUGUUGGUGAUAAGAACACGUUUCCUAAGCGACGGAUAAGGACGAUGGGACCCGUGGAAAUAGAGUGAAUGUUUUCGAACGGUCGUAUUUCGUGCAGUGACUUCUUUGGUGUACAGCAAAAUAUGGAUAAUUCUGCGUAUGUGCCGAAUCAUCUACCGCCGCCAUCCCUGGUCGUGUUUUCACAGGCCGGGGGGCUGCCGGAGGCUCUGAGAAUGCAAAGACCCUUCAAUCCACAAGUGACCGACUCGAAGGAUCUCCAAGUACCGUUCAGCACCGCGGCAUCUCUCGGCUACGGCCUCCAUCAUAUGCUCCACUUGCCACCCCAAUUUCUCCACCCUUUGGAUCACCGUUUGCCGUUCGGCGGGUUCAGGCCCCUCGGCCCCUCUGCCUUCGCCCCGCCUAGCAAGUGUUUGAAAGUAGAGACCGGAAACGGGCCCGUGACCGGGUCCGGUUUGCCGAGCAUCGGCUCGCUGUCCAGCAUGUCGAACAUGUUCUCGCCCUCGUCCCUGUCCUCCGCGAGCGGAGGCGCCGUGGUCUCCGUUUCCGGGGCGUCGGCGAGCAUCGGGGGCGUUGGAGGCGUCGGGGGUGUCGGGGGAGGCGCGAGCGGCGCGUCGGGGCAGGAAGUGGCGCCCCAGAGCCCGGCAGGCUCCACGAGCCGAUCGCCCACCGGGACAGGGACCGGUUCCGUCCCCAAUCGAGGAACCACGCCGGAGGACGAGGAUCGGGAUGCCAAUGCCACGCCUGGAUCCGAGAACACCGAGCGCUCCACGCCCGAGGAGGGACGCCCUUACAGACUGGGGCCUGUGUUCGGGGGCCGAUGCGGCGCGGAGGCGCUCGGGCUCGGGUUAGGGCUGUCGCUGGGCCCGGCCUACAGGUUCGCUCUGCCCCCGGGACUCGCUGCCAAGACCACCCGCUGCCUUGUAUUCGACCAAGGUAAAAAGAAAUUUCCAUCUGAUCCGUCCUGCUGUCCGGCAUGCGGGGUGACAGUAAGGCCGCAGGAGCUCGAGCAACACUUCGCCCAGGAACUCGACAGACUUUACAAGAUAUCCUCGGCUUCCUCUCGGGCGCGAGCUUCGAGGUCGAGCUUGCCACCCGGUCAUCCCCAGGAUCAUCCUCACGGGCCGAUGCUCCAUGCACCCUCGACCGCCGAUGGCACGCCUCAUGGAAGAUGGGAGACUUACAAAAGGAUCAAGGCCAAUAGACAGGCUAGAAUCCGCGUGAAGAACCGGAAACGGAAAGCGGACGAGCCAUCCUGCCCCGUGUGCAGCGAGAGGCUAUCCGGCACGCCCGAGGAAUUGAACCAGCACGUGGAGAGAUGCUUAAACAAACACAAUAACGGAAAUCCUGCCGGCCAAAACAAUUUGGACGAGGAGGAGGUCGACGUGGAGGGCGAUGCGGAAACUUUCGAGGAAUACGAGUGGGCCGGCCAGAGGAGAGUGCGAGCAUCGUCCAUGCUCGUAGGAGGAUUUUCUGCCGCAGGUCUGGCGACGUCGUCGAGCAAUCGUUCGUCGGCCGGUGGCAACAGUGGAUCGAACCACCAGGAGGAGGAGGACGUGGAUCUGGUGGUCGACGGGGACGACGCGGCCGAGUUCGGGCCGGCACAGUAUUCCGAGGCCGACGUGGUCGCGCCCCGCAUGGAUGGGACGCCGAGGGAGCAGAAGGAGAGAGACGCUCUUCGGGAAGCGGUGAUAUCGCCGAACGCGCCCAACACGCCUCACACGCCCCACACGCCCGAGCAAAUCGGCCAAGGUUUGGUGGAGGUGAAGCCCGAGCCGGGGACGACGACCCCUCUCGGGCAGAGCGAGCAGGACGAGGGCGUCUCGACGUCGCCCAGAAGGGAUGGCGACACCCCGGUGAUCGAGGCGCUGAGAGGAAGGAUUCGGGAACUCGAGGCGGAAAUGCGCGGCCAACCGUUCAAAUGUCUCAUUUGUAUGGAGCAAUAUAAGAAACCGGUGACUUCUGUCUGCUGCUGGCACGUGCAUUGCGAGCAAUGUUGGUUACACACGUUGGGUGCGAAAAAGCUGUGUCCACAGUGCAACAUGAUAACGUCGCCUUCAGAUUUGCGACGUAUCUACAUGUGAAGGGAGUUGCCAAACAGGAAGCCGUUGGUUCCCGUGUUGUUCGUAGAGAAAAAUCGAUCGUGAAAAAGAAAAAGAAAGAAAAAAAGAAAAUGUUUCAAAAUGUUUCACACAAUCGUGUAAAUAUCUGUAUAUAUUUAUGCGUCACGUUAAAUUAAACUCCUUUUAGAUUUACCACGUACGGAUACGCACUGUAGCGUUAGUAAAUUAAGCCGUGAAAGGCGCGCGUGAAUGAUGUCUCGAUCGAACCGAGUCGAGCAAUGUCGAUCAUGCUUUUAUCAUUCGUCACGCAGACCAAUUUUCAUUGUAUUAUAAACAUAUAUAUAUAUAUAUAUAUAUAUAUAAUAUUUUCACGUUUCCAAUAAGUUAUUACGUAACGUUAGCCAAAAGAUUGUACGUUAUUUUGUGAAAUAAUUAUAAUCUCGAAUCUCAACGGUCGAACAUACUGGUUAAAAGACACUCGUUUUUACAAAUAUUUCGACGCAAUUAUGACGUAAAUUAAUUAUUUCUUCGCGUUUUUUCGCUUCGCUUCUUUCUUUACCGUAUUUAGCAUACCAAGGUAAGAUUCUUCAAAGAUCGUUUCGUUAGAAAUAUAUUUUCAACAAUUUUGAAAGAAUAAAAAUCGCUUAACGAUAAUUUUUAUGGAAAAAAAAUUAUAAAAAUAAAAUUGGAAUUUUUUUUAAAGAUUCUACGUGAUCUACGAAGAAUAUCUUCACUCUGGUAUGCUAAAGAUUAAUAAUAUUCUUAUUGUAUCUUCGGAUAAAUCCAGUGCGGUAAAUCCGAUUGAUUAUCAUCCAUCGAUAAAAAUGUUCGACGAUGGUAUCGAGCAUCGUUGUCGGAUCUGAUUCGAAUCGAAGACUAUAUUCGCGCGUACCUGAAAUUCUAGGUGUUAUAUUUCGAAUGGCUAACGUCUACUUUAAAAGUCACAUCACUCCAUUUCGCCGGAUCUACACCGUUUUCUCAAUCUUUCUCUUUCGAGCAAACAAAUGUAUCUGUGUCUACGAUUCAUCGAGUUCAAUUUACGAAGGACGAAUAUAUUAUGUAUGUGUAAAAUAUAAUCGACAACUUUGUUAAAAACGCAACUAUUUCCAGAGUAGGAUUUUUGUGAACGAUGAAAUGGCCAAUUUGAAAAUAGUGGGGAAAAAAAAAAAAAAUUAUCGUAUCCGACUCUUUCUGUAAUUUGUUACAUUGUUGAUACUUUUAAUUUGAACUCAGGAAGAAGGAGAGCGUCCAAUACGUUUGUUUUUUUCCAACGAUAAAUAUUACGUGAUAUUUACGUAAUAUUUGCAUAUUCACAUAUAGUGUAAAAAAAAAAAAAACAGACAAUAUUAAUUUCCAUUGUCUUUUUAAUUUUAUACACGGAAACGUAUAUAUUUAUUCUACUUUGCCAGUAAUAAAAAACAAUUUAUCGUCAACGAUACUUGUUUAAAAAUAGAUCUCACGUUAUUUAUAAAAUAUUUCCGAUCAUUUCAACAGGGUUGAUACGAUAUUAAUUUUGCUCAAAUAUGAAAUUUCUCUAAUAUAUUUAACCGGUUCCAAUCAAUAGGAGGAAUAUUCGUAAAAAAAAAAAAAAAAAAUAUUAAUUCGUUGUACAGAUUAAGAUGCACAUUGAAUUUAAAGCAAUAUAUACGAGGUGGAAUGUGUUUUUGAAAUGUAUUUUUUUUUUCUUUUUUUUGUUACAAAAUGCGUAUUAUUUACGAGUUACAAUGAAAUCACAAACGAUACACCAGUAUAAUCCAAUCGACCAAAGUUACGAUGCGAAGUUUGGAUAAAUUAAUUAAUAGUUAUUAAAACGAAUAACACGUAUUCUUGUUUUUUUUUAUACAUAUAUAAUAUAUAAACGGAUGAAACACGGUUUAUUUUAAUGAAAAAAAUUCAUCGAGAAAAGAUACGAAGAGGGAGAAACAAAAAGGAAGAAGGAUCUCAAUCACACACAAUCGAAAUCUCGAAACUUUUUGCCAUUUUUUUUUCUCGAAAGCCAAAUUAAAGAAUAAUUUGCACAAAUUCCUCCACGAUCGUCGCGCAUCGAUCAUCGAACCACGAAAUGCGAAAUAUUAUUCUCGAGUACGAUUAAACGUUACUUUCCAUUGAAGCGCAUUCAGAGCACAUUUUUUCGGAUUAUUAAGUGGAGAAAUUAAUUGGAUGCCUUUUUUUAAAAUCAUUUUGUUUAUCCUUUCUCUAACAAAUUGAUCGUCCACCUCGAGCUUGCUCUCCGUCUCGCGAGUUCAUAAAUCUCGCGAAUCAUUCUGUAGAUGGCGAAGUAUCUAAUCUACAUAAACAGUCUGACCAGGUGGGAACGAUUCCCCUUAGAAAUUAUUCCUCUUGCCAUAGUUUCACCAAAUGUUUUCGAAUCCAUAAAUCACCGCCAACCGAUGAUUCGAGCAAUGAUGUAAAAGGCAACGAAUUAAUUUCUACACCUAAUUGUGACGAAAAAUUGGACAAAAAAAUGUACAAUGACAAUACCACGAUAAUAUCACUCGUUUUAAUAUUAAAUAGAUCGAGUUCGAUUCGUCACACCUCGCGAACACACCAAUGAAUGUUUCUCAAAGCGCAAAACGAUCGAAUACACGUGCACACCCAAGCUCUCUAUCUUUCUAUCUUCCCCUCUCUCUCUCUCUCAAUGAUCAAGAUUUUAGAUUUGCUGCGUGUCUCCUCGUGCACGUCGAGAAAGUUCUUGUAAAUACACUUGAAAUCGAGUUAAAACCAGCAGGAGAGAAAUCGGCUCCCCGUUGCGAGCGUUGUUCUGUAAUCGAAAAUAAAACGAUCAUGGAAUGUAGAA